AUGAACGUAUCUUUUGACAGAAUUGACCGUCUUUCAUCGGAUAGGACUAAUUGGUGCGUCGUUGUUAAGGUUGUUAAGACUUGGGCAGCGUUUGAGGCAGACGGAUUGGAGUACUUCAACUUCCUACUCAUAGAUCCAGAGAUAUCUCUAAUUCUGAAAGAAUGGAAAUGUAUUCGCAACUUUACUGUCGUUGUUGACGAAUCCGAAAGACGCUUGACGAGGAUCAGAAACAAGAUAUUCCUCAUAGGGAGAACGGAAGUAACAAGAGCUGUAGAUCCACGGGUUUAUCAACCGAUGGAUUUGGUAACGUUUGAAGAUGUGGUCCACCGUACUACCGAAAUGGGUGAAACUUAUCCUGUUGAUUUCAUAGGAAGGAUUAAUUAUGUGAAGAAUCUCAAUGUCUUGAUCGAUAAUUCACUAAGACGUGCAGAUGGAAACACAUCGGCAAAAAUAAUUUCUUAUAUUGAUUUUAGGCUUUAUGACAACCAGGAUCACCAGAUCAUGUGUCGUGUCAAAGGAGAACUCGCCGACAUUUUUUACGAUAGAUGGCUCAACGACGGAGAUAUGGAUUACGUUUGUUGUUUAUACAACUGGCGAAUCACUCCUCAACAUCCUAGAAUAAACGUUGAAAGUGUGCGGGAAAUAUCUUCGUUCGAGAUCAAUCCACCAUGGAACCUUAAUCGCGAUGCGGACAGAUUCUGUCAAGAGACGUGGAGGAUUCAAGAUGAAGCAAUGAGCGAAGACGACGGUAGUUCACGUAGCGACGAGCUCUUCCAGUGA